AUGAAGUGAACAGAGGUUUUACCGUUCAGUGAUGUGUUUUAAAAGUGAAAGUAGAAAUCUGUGUUCAAUCAAGGGAAGGAUGCUAGUGAUCAUCUAAUGAGCUAGUACUGUAUUCUUGUGUUGGUUGUUAUUCUGGAUGGUGUUAGUGCAAUUAGUGAUUAUCAUCACCAGAAGUACUAAGAAUUUGUACAUGGAAUUGAUAUCUGUGGUGUCGCCUUAUGAAAAAUACAACCAGGAUGAAUAUUAUAAAAAAGGAGAUUCAACAGACAGGAUUAUAUUUCACAGUUUGUAGAUGAAGAUAAAUAUUGAGAUUGACAGAUAUUAUCAAAACCUGUGGUAUUCUGUUUUGGCUAAGCCAUUGUUUUAUUGUGAAAAAUAUUUGUUUUGAUGGAUAUUCAAUUUGCCUGAUGUGGCGUGCAAUGGCCAAGAUAGUGACUUUCGAUGGAUUUUACAUUCACCGGGGCAGCUCCAGUUGCAUGAACAUUGUGAUUUUUUUGUGAUCAAGAAACACAAACACUGUUUGUGGUUUGAUGAAUUAGCAGAAAUUUGAUGGAAUUGUUAUGAAUUGUUGGCAGUUUAAUUAUUUUGAUACAUUAUACACUGUAUCUGGUUUUAACAUACAUUUUCACUAUCACUGAAAAAACGACAAUAAUGAAUGUCAACUUCAUAUGUGAAAAUUUAUGUGGUAAUUAAAAGUUUACAAAUUAAGUUUCGUUUUUUGAAAAUUUAAUGAAAGCGUAUCUAUUCCGUAUAUCCAUGGUAUGGUAGAAUGCAGGCCUUGAGAAGCAUGGUAAUGUUCUCAUGAAAGAAAGUGAAUGAAUAGAGACACUUGGGAUGUAGAUUUAUUAAUCUAAUAAAAGAGUUUUUCUUCAACUCUUUGUGUGGAACAUGCUGGUGACAUUAAUUUAGCACUGUGACAGAAUUAGAGUCAGAAACUUUGAAAACCCAUGCUUCAAUGAAACGGAUUACGGAACAGAUAUUUUUAAAAUCCAUGCUUCAAUGGAACGGAUUGCAGCACUUUCUAAGAAAUUUCCGGAAAAUGAUUUUAGGUUAAGAAAUGAUUUCGAUAUGUAGCCUUUAUGAGUGAAUUUGGCUUAAAGGAAUCGUUUAAUUGAUUUUGGAUGGAAAACUGCAAUAAAAUUUUGCACUUUGUAGGGAAUAUGCACUGGGAUUGAACAAAGAUUGCUUCUUUGAACAACAACAAAAAUAAUUGUGCAGCAUGCGAUGAGAAAAAAAACUGUUAUAAAUUAAUGGAACAAUAAAGAUUAAGCAUGUCACACAUCAUUUUCGGUUGGAGACUGUGAAAGAAAAAGUUCCCUGGGAACCAGUUUAAUUUGAGGGGGAAAAACCAUUGAAAUACAUAUAGGUUACUGAACAAAACAUAAAUAUCCAGGGAACUAGAAAUCAUACUGACUUUGACUUACUAUCUUGUGAAGGCUUAAAUAAGAAAGUAAGCAGUGAAAUUUAGUGUUGGAAAUAGGUGAUAUAAAGUGAAUACCAGUGCAAGAAUGAUGGCAACAUUGCUGCAGAUACCUACGAUUGUGAGGCCUGGGGAGCGAAGAAGGCACUCAUGGGUCUGUUUUGAUGUUGAGAAUGGCGCAAGUGGUGGUCGUGGGGGCCUGGAGGGGAGCAGUCCGUCGGGAGGCCUCAUUCUGCAGAACCUGCCCCAGCGCCGCGAAUCCUUCCUCUACCGCUCGGACAGCGACUAUGACAUCUCGCCCAAGUCCAUGUCACGCCACUCAUCGGUGCAGAGUGAACAACCACAGCAUGCCGAGGACCUUAUUGUGACCCCUUUUGCUCAAGUGUUAGCCAGCCUUCGAAGUGUACGCAAUAACUACAUAACGCUCACCAAUGUUCAAGCCUCACGAGACAGAGGCCAUACAGGUCGUUCAGUUCCCAGUCAGAACCACACAGGAGCAGGGACGCCCCAGCUGACACGCUCGGGUGAGCGGGACUCUAACCACCCAGCACAGUCAACCAAACCACAGUCCCAAACAGACGACACGUACCAGAAGAUGGCUAUCGAGACACUGGAGGAGCUUGACUGGUGUCUUGACCAGCUGGAGACGAUACAGACACACCGCUCAGUCUCGGACAUGGCUUCCAGCAAGUUCAAACGCAUGCUAAAUCGAGAACUUAGCCAUUUUGCGGAAUCCAGCAAGUCGGGAAACCAGAUUGCUGAAUACAUCUGUAGCACAUAUCUUGACAAACAGCAAGAGUUGGAUGUUCCAAAUUUCAAAAUCGAGGAUAAUGAGCCAAAUGUGAAGGAGAAGGAGAACCAGAAGGAGGUCGGGAAACGGCGACCCAUGACCCAGAUCACAGGUGUACGCAAACUCAAACACACCAACAGCUUGAUCGGUCAGGUGCCGAAAUAUGGGGUAGAAACACCGCACAAGGAUGAACUCGGAAAGCUUCUGAGUGACAUUGACAAGUGGGGAGUGGACAUGUUUAAAAUCGCAGAAUACUCGAACAACAGACCUCUUACCUGUGUAACAUACAAAAUAUUUCAGGAUCGCAACCUGUGUAAUACAUUCAACAUCCCGUCAACUACCCUCAUCACGUAUCUGAUGCAUUUAGAAGACCACUAUCACUCUGAUGUCCCCUACCACAACUGUAUCCACGCAGCUGACGUCACACAGUCUACCCACGUUCUACUCUCCGCACAGGCGCUAGAGAAUGUUUUUACCGACCUUGAGAUUUUAGCGGCCAUAUUUGCAAGUGCGAUACACGAUGUUGACCACCCCGGUGUAACCAAUCAGUUCUUAGUUAAUACAAGUUCAGAGCUUGCGUUGAUGUACAAUGAUGAAUCAGUGCUUGAGAAUCACCACCUAGCUGUUGCAUUUAAACUCCUGCAAGAGGAGAACUGUGACAUUUUUAAUAAUCUUAACAAAAAACAACGACAGACAUUGAGAAAAAUGUGCAUAGACAUGGUUCUCGCAACUGACAUGUCGAAACACAUGACGCUGCUAGCUGACUUGAAGACAAUGGUUGAGACCAAGAAAGUGGCGGGCUCCGGUGUAUUACUUCUCGACAACUACCAGGACAGAAUUCAGGUAUUGCAAAACAUGGUGCACUGUGCGGACCUGAGCAACCCAACGAAGCCACUGAAUCUCUACGAGAAAUGGUUGGAUCGAUUGAUGAAGGAGUUCUUCCGUCAAGGCGAUAUGGAGCGGGAAAAGGGGCUUGACCUGAGCCCCAUGUGUGAUCGCAUGACUGCCACUGUGGAAAAAUCACAGGUUGGUUUUAUUGACUACAUCCUUCACCCAUUAUGGGAGACGUGGGCAGACCUUGUGUAUCCCGAUGCCCAGGAAAUUCUUGAUCAGGUCGAAGACAAUCGGGACUACUUCCAGAAGAAAAUUCCCAUCAGCCCCUCCUCUUCCUUCUGUUCUAGUGCUAAAUCGACCGAUGAUAAACCAUCAUCGGAAACCAAGUUUCAGUUUGACAUUGAGGAAGAGAAUGAUGGUGACAGUAAACGCAAAGGAUCAGACAUUAUGAUAAAGUUAUCAGACAGUUCUAGUGUAUCCUCAGAACAACACAGUCAUACAGGCAGUGGACAAUAGCAUUGAAUAUAAGUUAUUGACUUAGGACUAGAAAAGUUCACUGAAGGUGCAUAUUGUGAUAUAUUUCUGUUGAACAUGAAGUAUUCCACGAGACCAUAUCGAGUCAUGUGCGACGGAAGGUCAUGUGAUGAUAGUUGUGGACUGUGACAAAGACCCAGUAAUAUGGUUGGGAAAUCUAGAAAAACAUUAUGGGGAAGCAGUCUGGUUGUAAAAGAGCAUUUUAUGCGUUUUGGCUUCUAAAAUUGCCACUGAUGAAUGAUGGAGAAGCACGAGGAAUUGGCAUCUGUGACUACUUACUAUGAAAACGAUAUUCAACUGACAAAAGCCCUGGAAUUAUCGAUGACAUUACUGCUCAGGGAGAAACAUUCCAGGGUUGAAUGUUAGCUGUAUAUAGUGGACAAACAUGACAGAACUAGGGUCUCAUAGGGUAGAGACACGCGUUAAUACACAUGUCGAGUUAAUUAAAACUUUUUCCAGAGAUCUGUUCUUAUACUACUGUCUCGUACAUGUAAACUGUCAUUAGCCUCUUCGGUGAAAAGGGUCAAAUUUUGUCAUAACAGUAUUCUUUCUUAAGAGUUGUUGAUGAAAGCAAUAUAUGAUGGAUGCAUUGUAUGGUAAACAUUUGCAUCAUUUGUAUAACCACAUAGCUAUAGUGUUGCCAUCUAAGGAGUUUUUUUCUUGUUAGUUUAUUUGUUUUGUGACAGCUAUACAGCAAUCACUCCUUGUGCAUUUUACUGUAGACAUUGCCAGUACAGCUGUUUGCCAGGGUAGAGCUUGGAGAGAUGUUCACAGCUUCCAGUGUUUGAUAGUGGAUUGCGCAAGAGAGAUUAUUUAUAAACUUGUAUUAGUUAGGUGUUAGUGACCUCUAGUUAGAAUGUUAAUGCUAUUUUGUGUAAAAUGGCAUUUUUAAUCAAUCAUGUUUACAUUAUUAUCUUUAUUAUAUUUCAUAUUACCCAUUAUAUACAUUUACAUCAUAAUCAUUUUAACACAUAUUUGUUAUUAUUAAACUUUUUCCAUUGUAAUAUUGGUAUAAAUAUGUUGAGUAUAUUAUAAUUUAUUUAAUGUUUUAUUGUGAUUUGCUUGGGUUUAUAUGUUCUGCAAAAUAUACUAGAAUUGUAAAGCAUUGUUACAUUUGUACUUUCCAGUAAAAUGCAGAGUUAUAACCCUUGAAGAUCAGAUUUCAAAAUGGCUGAUGGGGAAGUGAACUGAGAUGGGAUCAUUUUUUUUUUCAUUUUGAGAGCUCGACUUAAUUAAAUUGAAAUUAUAUUAAACUGAAUUUGUUCAUUCAAUUUAAAAAAUCUGUGACCUGUUUGGAUUAUGUGUUAAAAUUUCAUGCUAGAAAUAGGAAAUUCAUUUUUCCAAAUAGCAUUACUCAUGUACAAUUUUCAUUUUCUGUAUUUUGGCAUAAAAUUCAUUUGUCGGAAAGUUUGUCUUAUAGAUAUAUUACUGUUGACAUUAAAAACAUCUAUCAUUACAAGAAAAGUCAAUAUUUAGCUGUUAAUAUGCCAGGAAUUGUCUAAAAUACAAGACUGUGUUUAUCUAUUGAUACAUUUAUAAAUACUGGCAAAUUAUACAUUGCUAUUCAAAUUGAGACAAUGAUUAGUUAUGAAAUAUUGACAAUCAACACAGAGUUAUGUUCAGGUCCUAAAAUGACACAGAUGGGUUUAUCAUAAAAUACCUUAGUCAAUUAAUAAUUUAGCUGUAGCUCCCACAAGCCAGUAAAGUCAUGUGACCAUUUCAUGUCUCCGGAAAUCCAUCAGCCAAUCACUCUGUGAUAUUUGCCAGGGAUCAUGGGAAAUUGAUUUUGAAAUUUUGAACUGAAAAUGGAACAAAAACGAUUUGUUAAAAUUAAAUUUAAAUAUAUAAACAAAAAGAGUUGUGUAUCUGACAAAUAAUCUGCAUUUGUAUGAUUGUUUGUUUUAGUGACCAUGACAUGUUUUAAUGUCACAUUCCAUGGUCUCUGGCAUGCAAGCCUAGUUGAAAUAAAAUUGUGAAAAUGAUAA